UUAAAUUAAUUGAAAAACAUUAAAUGUAUGUCUUUGACGAGCUAAACGACUCCGAAGAGAAGGUGGUUAUAACAAAUUACUUCAUCUCUGACGAGUUAAACGACUCCGAAGAGAAUGUGGUUCUAACAAAUUAUUUCAUCUCUGACGAGUUAAACGACUCCGAAGAGAAGGUGGUUCUAACAAAUUACUUCAUCUCUGACGAGUUAAACGACUCCGAAGAGAAGGUGGUUAUAACAAAUUACUUCAUCUCUGACGAGUUAAACGACUCCAAAAAGAAGGUGGUUAUAACAAAUUACUUCAGCUCUAACGAGCUAAACGACUCCGAAGAGAAGGUGGUUAUAACAAAUUACUUCAUCUCUGACGAGUUAAACGACUCCAAAAAUAAGGUGGUUAUAACAAAUUACUUCAGCUCUAACGAGCUAAACGACUCCGAAGAGAAGGUGGUUAUAACAUAUUACUUCAGUUCUAACGAGUUAAACGACUUCAAGGGGAAGAAGACAAUAAUACAGUCCUUAUCUCUGACGAGUUAAACGACUUCAAGGGGAAGAAGACUAUAAUACAGUCCUUCAGUUCUAACGAGUUAAACGACU